AUGGGGGAUGCGGCGCCCGGGCAGCGCGCACGCGCGAGGCGGGCGGCCGUCGAUACGGAGGCGGCGCGCGCCGUCGACGUCUGCGCCGCGGGCGCCCGGCGCCGGCGCAGCCACGGCGCGCUCUCCUCCUCCGCGCCACCCCGCCUGCCGCUGGCCAAGACGCGCUCGCUGGGUGCGCUGCACUCGCCCCCCGUUUGCGCUGGCAGCCCUGCCGACGCCGGGGGUGGAGGGGGGCGUGACUCAGUGCAGUGCACCGAUAGCGAGCCGGCCGGCCGACCGGAGCCCAAGGCGUCCAUAUUCGACACAGUCAGGCAGCGCUUGCUCGACGCGGAGCUCGUGUGGCCGCCGCCGCGGGGUGUGUCCGACGAUGACGCCGCCGCGGCGGUCAAUACCGCGCUGCUGCAGAACGCGCAGAGAGAUCUGAUCAUCGAGAACACUUUCCUCGCGCUACAGGGUAAGUACGGUGUCCGCUACUCGCGCGGGAGCAGCAGCCCUGCGCCGUCCGAGGGUGACAGCGGCGACGACGACGAUGACAGCGACGAGUCGCUGAGCUCCGGAUCGGACGAGGCUGACGGCGACUUCAGGUCGAUCUUCCUGCGGCCGCUGUCCAGCCUAUUUAGGCGCAUCUAUACCGGCCCUUCGUCCGCGAUGGGCAACCUCCAGGCGUCCGAGGGCAAGAAGGGCGGCACGGGUGGCAAGAGCCCGGCCAAGAACAAGAAGGACAAGGGGCUGACGGGGGGGCGCAAAUCUCCCGGCCAGGCCAAGUCGGCGAAAGCUGCAGCCGCCGCCGCCGCAGCAGCAGCCACUGCUCGCCCCCAGCAGCAGCGCCGCCAGACCGCCGACAGUGCAGCCGCGCCGCCGACAGAUGGCUCCGCCGUCGCGGUCACCUGUUCCGAGCGCGUGGAGGACGCCGGCAGUCGCACGCGGCAAGCGGUCGCCGGGGCUUCCGACGAGAAGUCAGACGCUGCAGCGGUCGCGCAGACGCCAGUUGCUGCUGGCCCGGGAGAAACGGCGCCGUCGCCGCCGGCGGCGACGACGACGGUGACGACGACGACGACGACGUACCUGGUGACGGACUCGUGGCGGCAUGUGAAGAAGCUGGCCAUCACGACGCCGGGCGCCGCCGUGGGCUUCGCCGAGACGUACAGCGCACAGGUGGGUCACCCUCUGCUGUACCGGGGCAAACCUCCGCCUAAAGGCGGUAUUUCAUACUAG